CUCAGCCCUCGAUGUCAUGUUAUCCCCUCCAAUCAAGAGCUACUUUCCACGGCCACAGCCCGAACUCUCCGACCAUUCUGGCCGACAGCAAAGUACAUACUCUUGCCAGCUUUGUCCAGAACCGCAACUAUGCCACUACUAAGCAUACGGCACCUAUACACACUCAGGCUAGUCGCCAUUAGCCUUUAUGUGUCUCCUCACAGUGGCCAUGCCCAGAAACCCGCUCGCAUAGCCCGCAGAUGGCGCUUCAUGGGAUAUCACGCUACUUAUGCUUCCGAUUUACGAAGUCUGGUUUGCCAUCGGGAUACAUAUGGGGGGUUAGGAGGACUCGGCUUCUGGCCGCAUCACGACAGAGACUGCCAUCGUGGACCCGUAAGUACUUUGACCGCUGCGGAAUCCUGAAGACCGAUGCUGAGGUGACUUUUGAUUUUGCAUGGAAGGCUGGUACGGUGAUGUAGCAUACCUACUCCAACCCGUGGGAUC